GGAGCGGCUGAGCCGAGCGUGUGCGCACGACCCCAGCCCGCCUCUUGGUCCUUGGUUCAGCGUUCGGCUGCUCUCCACUGCAACCGCUGCCCCGGGUGGGCACCCCGAAGCAUGAACACGCCCGCAACUCUGCCCCUGGGGGGCGAGGACACCACCUGGACCCCUGGGAUCAACGCCAGCUGGGCUCCGGAUGAGGAGAAGGAUGCAGUGCGGUCCGACGGCACAGGGACAGCGGGCAUGGUAACUAUCCAGUGCAUCUAUGCGCUUGUGUGUCUGGUGGGCCUGGUAGGAAACGCCCUGGUCAUCUUCGUGAUCCUACGCUAUGCCAAAAUGAAGACAGCCACCAACAUCUACCUGCUCAACCUGGCCGUCGCUGAUGAGCUCUUCAUGCUCAGCGUGCCAUUCGUGGCCUCGGCGGCUGCCCUGCGCCACUGGCCGUUCGGGGCGGUGCUGUGCCGCGCUGUGCUUAGUGUGGACGGCCUUAACAUGUUCACGAGUGUCUUCUGCCUCACGGUGCUCAGCGUGGACCGCUAUGUGGCUGUAGUGCACCCUCUGCGAGCUGCCACCUACCGGCGGCCCAGCGUGGCCAAGCUAAUCAACCUGGGAGUGUGGCUAGCGUCCUUGCUGGUCACCCUGCCCAUCGCAGUCUUCGCUGACACCAGGCCAGCUCGUGGGGGUGAGGCCGUAGCUUGCAACCUGCACUGGCCUCACCCGGCAUGGUCUGCGGUCUUUGUGAUCUAUACUUUUUUGCUGGGCUUCCUACUCCCGGUUCUGGCUAUCGGAUUAUGUUACCUGCUUAUCGUGGGCAAGAUGCGUGCUGUGGCCCUGCGGGCUGGCUGGCAACAACGGAGGCGCUCAGAGAAGAAGAUCACUAGGCUCGUGCUAAUGGUGGUGACUGUCUUUGUGCUAUGCUGGAUGCCAUUCUAUGUGGUGCAGCUUCUGAAUCUGUUUGUCACCAGUCUCGAUGCCACUGUCAACCAUGUGUCCCUCAUCCUCAGCUAUGCCAACAGCUGUGCCAACCCGAUUCUCUAUGGCUUCCUCUCAGACAACUUCCGACGCUCUUUCCAGCGGGUUCUGUGCCUGCGCUGCUGUCUCCUGGAAACAAGUGCUGAGGAAGAGCCCCUGGACUACUAUGCCACUGCUCUCAAAAGCAGAGGUGGCCCAGGAUGCAUAUGCCCUCCAUUGCCCUGCCAGCAGGAACCCAUGCAAGCAGAACCUGCCUGCAAGCGAGUCCCUUUCACCAAGACCACUACUUUCUGAAAACCAUUUCACCCUCCCUCAGCUCACCUUCAAGCAGGUCUGCACCACACUCUCAAGCCAGCAACUUCAAGAACAACUCCUGUUGUCACUAAGCCAGGCCCUUUCAGCAGCCUGUGUUCUGUCCCUAGGAGCCUCAGGACUCCUGCUAGCCCCUGCCUCUCCUAGGACUGACUGGCGCCAAGGACAACUCCGUGGGGGUAGGACUUCUCUGGGUUUUGGGCUAGAGUACCAUCCUUUCCUGGACCUCUAGCAAUUUUUCAAGAGGCGGGAAGCAGGUGGUGGUCAGAAAGGGAUGCCUACCCUUGUGUGACUUGUGACAGUGACUGCUUGGAAGAGCGCUGGGAGGGUGAGGUAGGCAGAGCUAGGCUCUCUGCUGUGUGGUAGCAUAGGGCAUAUGGUGAGACAGGGGAGAAGAUAUGAUACCUCCAAGUGUUUUCCCUCUGUGUCUGUCUGAGUCUCUCGUUGCUAAAUGAGAUGUCUACGCAACAGCUGAAAGCACUUGCUUUCCCAAGGCACAAGUGUUUCCCAGUUGUCAAAGGGCCAGUAGCAGACUUCCUGCGAAUGCAAAUGUUUAAAGAAGGAUGGUGUGGGGGUGUUUUUUGAGAAAAAAAAUUCUGAUUUCUGGUCAGGAAUUAAAAGGCAGAAAGGAUUAAAAUCUUUUUUUUUUUCCACCCUUUCCCCUGGUUGCAAGAAUAUGAAACCUCAUUAAAGCCUAAGCUAUGCUAUGAGGAGGUGGGUCUCAGGAAAAGACCAGAGAACUAGGUGGAGGGGAAGUAGACUCUGUUUUGACAUCAGAGGGGGACCGCAGUGAAAAGCCAUCAGUGGGCCUUGUACAUUAAUCACAGCUCCAGUGAUAGUUGCCCUGAGGAAGAUUCACAGCCUGUAAGAGCUUUACUUCUGCUGAAGCACUGGAGCAGCCCAGCACACGCAGCAUUUGGGUCAGAAGUGGCUGGUCACAGCCCAGAUCAGUACAGCAAAAUAUCCUGCUGACUUCUACUGAGCCAUUGCUGGUGGUAUUAGAACAAUAAGCUAAGGGCAGGAGGAAGCACAGGGUAGUCAGCUGGGCAGUUCUCACAGCUGCGUGGUGAGGAAAGGGAUCUUUAAAAGAAAAUACCUGGAUCCUAUCAUCCUAGAAAAUAUAGCUUUGUGUCUUCUAGGGCAAUCAGCAUGGGUUCUAGCUGGUAGAAGGCUAAUGGGGAUCCAGACUGGACCAAGAGGCAGAGUGGGGCUUGAGGGAAUGCCCUGCCACCCUGUGGAUUGCAGUGCAUCUCUGAAAGCCUGGGAGAGGCAGGAGGUGACCUUUUCUGGGCUGCUUGCCCAAAGCCAUGA